AUGAAAAAUAAGAUCGAAAAGACGUCGGACAACACAUGGUUUGUGCGGAUUAUUCAUUGGUUCUUCCAGAAAUGUUCGGCUGUAAUUUGCUAUUGCCCUUGGACAUGUAUAAUAUUGACAACUGCACUCACUUUGGGGUUAUCACUCAAAAUUCCAUUCACCAGAAUGGAAAAUGAUAUCAGUGAUUUCACACCAUUUGGAGCAAGAUCGAGAGCAGAGUUGCAGGUUGGAGACAAUAUGCUGGGAAUCUCUCAACUAAACGAUACUGUACAUGUCCUUGACAAAAUUUCUCGGGAUUUCUAUCUUAAAACAUCCGAUGGUCCGAAAAACUUUGAGGAGUACUGUAGUGGGUUCUGCCUUCUCAAUGAACCAGUGAGACACUUUUAUAGCGGGAUGCUUAUCUCCGGACAGCAUGGCACUGACUUCAGCCAUUUGGACUUGGGGUAUCCAGUCACUACAGUGCUUGGGACUAAGCUUUAUAUGGACCCAAACUUUUUUGGUGUGAAAGUGGCAACAGAGAAUAAUAAAAUUGAGAGUGUGGCUGAUGGGAAUAUUCGACUUUUUGGAGAUAAUACGAAACAAGAACCAAAUAACAUUCGCGAAGUUUCUCUUGUGGUGAUACAACUGAGGUCUGAGUUGGGUGAUGAGGUAAAAGCAGAGGAUCUUAGAAAUUAUGAACAUCAAAUAUUGGACUACAUCCAUGACGAGUACAAGUCGGAUCAUAUCAAUGUGUAUAUUCUAACUGACUCAUACAUCACUGAGGAAAUUGUGAGAGCUGGUCUCACUCUCCUACCAUUUUUGGUCAUCGGAUUCACUAUUAUGGCAGUUUUCUCCUCCAUCACAUUUGUCGUCAGUGCAUAUUAUUUACAACAAUUGAACGUUUAUAAGGUAGUCCUGGCGGUGAUGGCUUGUGUGUGCCCAUUCAUGGCUUGUGGUGCAAGUCUUGGAGCAAUGUUCUAUGCUGGAUUCCGAUUCGGCUCGAUUCUUUGUGUAACACCAUUUUUAGUGCUUGCUAUUGGUGUGGAUGACUCGUAUCUGAUGGUCAAUGCGUGGCAACGAAUCACCUGUCACAGAAGAAAAAAUGGACGAUUUGAGAGUGUAAACGCGGAAUUGAAACAUCGUAUAACUGAAAUGUUUAUUGAAACUGGACCAUCUAUCACUAUUACUACUAUCACCAAUGUCUUAGCUUUCGGAGUUGGAGCAACAACCCCAGCGGCUGAAAUUCAACUUUUUAGUAUUGGAAAUGCCCUAGCUGUAACAGCGGAUUUCGUUUUCACGAUAACAUUCUAUGGAGCGCUGAUGGCUGUUGUUGGAAAGUAUGAAAUUGCCCAGGAGCUCAAAAACAUGAAAACUUUGCCUGGAGCAGAGACACCGUCGGAAACUUCUUCAACUGGAUCAGUGACGUCGUCCGAGCCAGAAGACUGUAAAUUCCGCAGAAUUAUUGCAAAAAUAUGUAAUUUCCUAACGAACACUUGGGUUUGCUCUGUAGUUCUGGGAUUAUUAGCAGUAUAUUGGUACAUUUGCAUUGUUGGAACAGUCAACAUAAAAUCAGAGUUGAGCCCGAAUAAGUUGUUCUUAGCGGAGAGUAAUAUUGUUGAGAUAUUCAAACAACGAAAAACGCACAUCAUCCCUUACUACUCUGCAUGCUGGAUUCUUGUUGAAAACCCCGGAGACAUAAAUGACCCGUCUCAACGUGGCAAACUGGAAGACUUGAUACAAUCAUUUGAAAGCUUACCAUCUGCAAACGGGCGGUAUUCAACAAAAUUUUGGCUCAGAGAUUAUGAAGAUUUUCUUAAACAAUCGGAGGAUAUUGACUUGCCAAUUGAAGAAGAGGAUGAGGAGUUGGCCAUUGAGUUCAGCGUGAAUGGAAGUCAAGUGGUCACUCCAUCACAGCCGUUCGGGCAGGGAAAUGAGCUGAGACAGUUUUUGGAAUGGCCAGAGUUUUCUUUCUGGAAAGGGUUCAUUCAGAUAAAUGAGUCUACAUAUCAAAUGUCUAAAUUCCUAGUCACCACCGCAUACCACGGAGCUGAACUGGUGGACUGGUCGAAUCGUGCAAAACUUUUGAAUGAAUGGAGAGCAGUCGCCGACCAAGAGAAGUAUCGCUCUCUCAAUGUAACAGUUUAUGAAGAAGACGCCAAAUUUUUGGAUCUAAUUGAGACUAUGUCUCCAGUGGCCAUCCAGUCGGCUCUAUGGACCUUUGCUUCCAUGUUCGUGGUCGCCGCACUUUUCAUCUCCCACCCUCCCACUCUUUUCGUCGCCACGUUCUCAAUCCUUUCCACGUCACUAGGAGUCUUCGGAAUCAUGUCAUGGUGGGGUGCUGACUUGGAUCCAAUCAUGAUGUCUGCUACUGUCAUGUCGAUCGGAUUCUCAGUAGAUAUUCCAUCUCACGUUAGCUACCAUUUCUAUCAGACUGCCAAGGAAACAACAGACAUCAGAAGACGCCUUCAGAUGACUAUCGAAGCUGUUGGAUUCCCAAUUUUCGAGGCGUCUCUUUCUACCUCACUCUGUGUCAUGUCGCUGUUUUUUGUGGAUUUGAAUAUGGCACAGAUCUUUGCAAAGUGCAUGCUACUAGUCGUGGUGAUUGGAAUGAUUCAUGGUAUGCUGGUAAUGCCUGUCAUAUUUGCACUUCUCGAUACAGUACCCAGAAAAUUGACAGCAAAAUCAAGGAAACAACAUCUAGCAUCAACGGUCACUGUGGUUACAGUAGUGCCCUGA